AUGGAGGUGCAGAACCACGCCACAGGACUGCCGGCCGUGAGGCGAGUGGGGCAGUGGGGCGAGUGGGGCAGUGCCGCCGCAGGACGAGUCGCUGCCCCGCCCCCCUUCGCGUCCCGCCGCUACACACACCGCAGCUGCGCCGCGGCAUCUUGCCUGCGCCUACCGUCAGCUCUUACCGACCCCUCUUACCAGGCCGCGGCCUCUUGCCUGCGCCUGCCGUCGGCUCUUACCGACCCCUCUUACCAGGCCGCGGCCUCUUGCCUGCGCCUGCCGUCGGCUCUUACGGACCCCUCUUACCAGGCCGCGGCCUCUUGCCUGCGCCUGCCGUCGGCUCUUACGGACCCCUCUUACCAGGCCGCGGCCUCUUGCCUGCGCCUACCGUCGGCUCUUACUGACCCCUCUUACCAGGCCGCGGCCUCUUGCCUGCGCCUACCGUCGGCUCUUACCGACCCCUCUUACCAGGCCGCGGCCUCUUGCCUGCGCCUACCGUCGGCUCUUACCGACCCCUCUUACCAGGCCGCGGCCUCUUGCCUGCGCCUACCGUCGGCUCUUACCGACCCCUCUUACCAGGCCGCGGCCUCUUACCAGGCCGCGGCCUCUUGCCUGCGCCUACCGUCGGCUCUUACCGACCCCUCUUACCAGGCCGCGGCCUCUUGCCUGCGCCUACCGUCGGCUCUUACCGACCCCUCUUACCGGGCCACGGCCUCUUGCCUGCGCCUACCGUCGGCUCUUACCGACCCCUCUUACCGGGCCGCGGCCUCUUGCCUGCGCCUACCGUCGGCUCUUACCGACCCCUCUCACCAGGCCGCGGCCUCUUGCCUGCGCCUACCGUCGGCUCUUACCGACCCCUCUUACCAGGCCGCGGCCUCUUGCCUGCGCCUACCGUCGGGUCUUACCGACCCCUCUUACCAGGCCGCGGCCUCUUGCGUGCGCCUACCAUCGGCUCUUACCGACCCCUCUCACCAGGCCGCGGCCUCUUGCCUGCGCCUGCCGUCGGCUCUUACCGACCCCUCUUACCAGGCCGCGGCCUCUUGCCUGCGCCUGCCGUCGGCUCUUACGGACCCCUCUUACCAGGCCGCGGCCUCUUGCCUGCGCCUGCCGUCGGCUCUUACGGACCCCUCUUACCAGGCCGCGGCCUCUUGCCUGCGCCUGCCGUCGGCUCUUACCGACCCCCCUUACCAGGCCGUGGCCUCUUGCCUGCGCCUACCGUCGGCUCUUACCGACCCCUCUUACCAGGCCGCGGCCUCUUGCCUGCGCCUGCCGUCGGCUCUUACCGACCCCCCUUACCAGGCCGCGGCCUCUUGCCUGCGCCUACUGUCGGCUCUUACUGACCCCUCUUACCAGGCCACGGCCUCUUGCCUGCGCCUACCGUCGGCUCUUACCGACCCCUCUUACCAGGCCGCGGCCUCUUGCCUGCGCCUACCGUCGGCUCUUACCGACCCCUCUUACCAGGCCGCGGCCUCUUGCCUGCGCCUACCGUCGGCUCUUACCGACCCCUCUUACCGGGCCGCGGCCUCUUGCCUGCGCCUACCGUCGGCUCUUACCGACCCCUCUUACCGGGCCGCGGCCUCUUGCCUGCGCCUACCGUCGGCUCUUACCGACCCCUCUCACCAGGCCGCGGCCUCUUGCCUGCGCCUACCGUCGGCUCUUACCGACCCCUCUCACCAGGCCGCGGCCUCUUGCCUGCGCCUACCGUCGGCUCUUACCGACCCCUCUUACCAGGCCGCGGCCUCUUGCCUGCGCCUACCGUCGGGUCUUACCGACCCCUCUUACCAGGCCGCGGCCUCUUGCGUGCGCCUACCGUCGGCUCUUACUGACCCCUCUCACCAGGCCGCGGCCUCUUGCCUGCGCCUACCGUCGGCUCUUACCGACCUCUCUUACCAGGCCGCGGCCUCUUGCCUGCGCCUACCGUCGGCUCUUACCGACCCCUCCUAG